CGCACGGGGUGCGCGCGCUCCCGUCGCUCUCCUGCGAGCGUGGCCGCUCCGGUUGGCCUAGGGGGCGGGGCUGUGAGGGAAGGUGCCAAACACUAAGUGCAGUGAGAAUCCUACUAGAAAAGAAAUGGCUGCCUCCUCGUCCUCCUCCUCGGCUGGUGGCGUCAGUGGGAGCUCUGUCGCUGGCUCUGGUUUCAGCGUCUCCGACCUUGCCCCUCCACGGAAAGCCCUUUUCACCUACCCCAAGGGAGCCGGAGAGAUGCUAGAAGAUGGCUCUGAGAGGUUCCUCUGUGAGUCCGUUUUCAGCUAUCAAGUGGCAUCCACGCUUAAACAGGUGAAACAUGAUCAGCAAGUUGCUCGGAUGGAAAAACUCGCUGCUUUAGUAGAAGAGCUGGAGGCAGACGAGUGGCGGUUUAAACCCAUCGAACAGCUCCUGGGGUUCACACCUUCUUAAGGUGGAUGUGCCUCUGGCACAGCCAAUGCAAAGCUGGCAACAUCUAGAGCCAUCCUGAGAUUCAGCUACAUGACUGAAUUGCUUAUCCACAUCCAUACUUGACUUGUCUAUACACAAUGAACACUGAAGUUUUCGAUCUUGCAGGGAAAAGUUUGUUUAAAAAAUAGGGGGAAUCAUAGGUUUAGGUUUAAGAGAGAUUUCUAAAACUUCACAAGCCAGGUAGCCAGCCAUGUCAGAAUUGGCUUCUGUCCUGUUGUUCAUCUGGUGUCUGGAAAUCCUCACGAGUCAAGUCCAAGGUCAGGAUAUAUAGCUUUAAAAUCGUAUUUCUGAUGUAAAAUACUUCUUUGUGCAGAUGACUGUGAUUUCAACUAAGGACCUGCCCAAAUGAGGACUUAAAAAAAAUACACCAAAAAACCCAAAACUUAACUCCCCUAGUUUUAAACAUCUAAUUCUUUACAUUCUAGUUUUCCUAACCUCUUGUAGACAUGCCAGACGCUGGCCAAAAAAAGAAUUGCCUUUUGAAUGAGGGAGCACUGUAAAACAGUGAGCAAAAUCCUUUUAAACACAGAAAUUCGGAGUUUAUUUUGUAGCAAAUAAAUCCUUUGAAACAGCACCAAAUUGGUUUCUUUAUACUUUUAAAGUCUCGGGAAUUUGGAUGGGGGAGGAGGUCAAAUUACUUUUUAUAAUAAAAGAAUCUAAAAUCUGUUGUUAGAUAGCAAAACAGGAACCAGGCUGUCCACCGGCCAUGCGCCAAUUCAGGCCCCAAGCCAUGGGGGUGAGGUACACCUAGGUGACCAGUACCUCUGGCUUGGCCCAACCUAGACCAGGUGGGCUUAAUUCAGCCAAAGGGGUCAACCAGUACCGUCGACCACGCUGCCCAGCCACAGGCCCCAAAAGGCUGGAACUGGGAGACCACUCGCUCUUUUUCCCUCCUGCUCCUCUGCCUUCCACACAGCUAUGCCAUGGUCUCUUUUUCUCUGGCCUCAGGCCGCCACGUGUGGAUGUGUAGUCCCAUGAGGUUACCUGUAUUCUUAACUGUAAAACCUGAAACUUCCUUUGUAAAAACUCACUUGGAUCACAAA